ACACCUUCAGGAGUAAAUUUACAUUCUAGAAUUUUUAAACUUUAACUAGAAUACAUGUUUCUUUUUUUUGAUUUCUGCAUGGUUGAUGAUGCAAAUUUAGCACAUUGAGGAGUUCUCCUUUUGUUUAAUGGUUUCUAUUUCUUUUAAGAGACUUAUUUAAGUUUAAGGACCUCACUUUGAAGUCUGUGGAGCUAUAUAUGAGAAACGCUGGUUUUGACUGUAAGAAACCAGAUGACACCAUAGCCAACAAAGCCAUGUGUUCAGUGUGGAUUUUUCCUUGGGUUUUGUUGUGUUUGUUUAGCUCAGGAGAAACAACAAAUUCACCACCUAAAAUCAUCCUAGAUGAGCAAAUCGCAACAAGACAAGAGGGAUCACAUAUCACAAUCAACUGCAAAUAUAUAUUUCAGGAACAAAUGCAACUGUUGUGGAUUAAAGAUCCUAAGUGGAAUGAAACAGAAAAAGAAUAUUAUGGAGUUAUUGUAUAUAGUAAUACAGAGAAGCGGCCACAGGUCUCUGAGUACUCUGACAGAGUGGAAUUUUUAAAUAACAGACUUUUUGAGACAAUUUGGACCCAAUGUACAUUAAAAAUUAAUCAUCUUAAAAAGAACGACAGUGGAAUAUAUGCAUUUAGGUACAUAAGAGAUGGUGAAAAAUAUUUGGGAAGUAAAUUUGAACUUAUGAUCACUGACAAUCCCUGCAACAUCCACAUUAAACCACAGAUUUUGAAGACACUUAAGGAAGGAGAUGCUAUAAAUAUUUCCUGUACAACAUCAGCAGCUUGUGAGACUCAUCCUAAAUGGCAGUGGUCUGACCCAAGUGAGGAUGUCAUCACAGAGCACAGAAAAGAUGAGAAGGAAAUAUACACUGAGCUUAAGUACAAUGUAAGCUGGACAGAUGAUGGAAGAACUCUGACAUGUCGUCCUUCAAGAUGCAGUGGUGAUGACUGCGUAAAAAGGAGUGUUACACUGAGAGUUGAACAUUCACCCAAACAAACAGAAGUGAUUGGGGGCUCAAAUUUUAAGGACGUGAAAGAAGGAGAACAACUGACAAUUUCAUGCUCCAGCAACGCUCACCCCAAGGCCAACUUUACCUGGUUUAAACGCAAUGGCUCUUUUUCUCAGACAGGAGAAAAUCUUACUUUUCUUAAUAUCACAACACAAGAGGGAGGGAUGUUCUACUGUCAGGCUAAAAAUGAAUAUGGAACAGAUACGUCACUUGACAUAAAUAUCAACAUUAUUUAUGUUCCAAAAGGUGUAAACAUCAGUCCUAAAUCAAUGAUCCUCACAGAAGGAGACCAUCUUACACUCACAUGCACAGUACAAAAGAGCAAUCCAGCAGUCGAAAUGCAGUCCUACAGAUGGUACAAAAAUGGUCAAGAGAUUUAUCAACAAACAGGAAAUACAUUCAUUUUGCCACGUGUAACACGAUUUGAUAAAGGAAGUUAUCAGUGCCAGGCCAGAAAUUCAGUAGGAGAGACCAUGUCUACCCACACUGCCGAAGUAAAUGUGGAGUAUGUUCCACAAAACGCAAACAUUGAAGGCACAAGUAGAGUAAAGUUGAAUUUGGAGCUUCACCUUGAAUGUGUUACUGAAGCUGAUCCUCUUCCUAACAAGUACUCCUGGUAUUUUAAACCUGAACAUAAGCAGCAGUUUGUGACCCUUUCUCACAUCGAUCAGGUGUACCGGGUAAACAACGUGGCUGUAAGUGAUGCUGGGUCAUAUCAAUGCAGUGCACAGAAUACUAUAGGGUCAGGAAAAAACUCUGCAGAAAUAAAUGUUCUUGUGCUUUACCCCCCCAAACAACCAAAUCUGACCAUGAAACACGUUGCUAAGGAAAAUGAAGAUUAUCAUAUUACAUGCAAUGUAGAAAGCUUUCCUGAGUCAGAGCUCACACUAACCAGGAAUGAUAAAACAUUAAAAAAUGUUCAGUUGAACUUUCUCAAGUUUUCUGUCAAAGUGUCCCGUUCAGAUGCAGGGGUGUACAAAUGUCUAGCAAAAAACUCAGAGGGAGAAAACUCCUCAGAAAAUCACCUAAAGGUUCUGUAUGCCCCUAAAGAUGUUACAGCAUCAGCACAUCCUAGUGAAGAACUAAAAGAGGGCUCUGACCUGACACUCACUUGUAAAGCUUAUUCUGUACCCCAGGUGUCUGAUUACACAUGGAAGAAAUCUGGGACACACCCAGAGACAGUGGGACAUGGACAGAAAAUAACACUCCAUUCCCUGAAGAGCUCUGAUUCUGGCAAUUACAACUGUAUCUCCAGUAAUGAAAUUGGCAGUGCUUCAUCCUCACCAAUAUACAUCAGAGUCAAGUAUCGGCCAAGCAUAACGUUAAUUCAUAACAUGACAUUAGUGGGUCUAUGGGAAAAGUUGCCUCCAAUCCACCUGACUUGCAGUGUUCUGUGUUAUCCACCCGCCACCUCUUUUGCAUGGUACAAGCUUGAGGAUAACAACACAGUCCUUUCAGUUUACCAGAACUACACAGUUCAACCAGAAAACCCAGGAACGUACUACUGCUUCGCAAAAAACGAUGUAGGAAAUUCAACAUCGGAGCCACUCCAAAUAUAUCUUCAUCAUAUCAUUAUUAAACGGCUCAUUCAGGUCAUCAUCUCCCUAUUGGUCAUCCUCUCUCUAAUCGGAGUCAUAUUUUUGCUACAUAGCUUCUGUCUGAAAAAAAGAAAAAAAUCUUCAGGGAAUAAUAACGGGGGCCCGAGUUUAUUUUCCUUCUCAGCAGCUCCGUUACAGACUUUAUCAAACUUCCGUCCAUCGGGCUUACAUACCAACACUAGGGAGAACCUGGUGAUGGAGGGAUCUGCUGUUCACUCAAAUCCUCCAGCCAACAGUAACAGACAAGCAGGAAGGCCAAAUCAUAACAUUCACACAGUGUAUGAUGCUGUAAAACUGCCACCAUCCAUGCCAAAACAACAUCAUUAUACAGAAGAGGAUUUAAACCUGACCACAGUGAACUAUGCUGCGCUACAGUUUAAUGAUAGCAACAAUCCAAAUAAAAGUGCACCAAGCAAUGAUGAUUUUAUCCCAGUCUAUGCUAAAGUUUUAAAAAAUAAACAAAUAACACAGGAACAACAAGGUGGCCAUGAAGAUUAUGAGAACAUGUUUGCUGCAUGCACACUAAAGCAGCCAUUACCAAACAUAGACUGGGACUCGGAUAGCAGUGAGUCAGAAGAUGAGGUGAAUUACACUAAAGUGUCAUUCACUGCAAUACAAAACGGUAAUCCACGGAAGGAUACAGGUACAUCCAGUUCAGAUGAGGAAGGAAAAAUUGAAUACACUGAGGUCAAAAUUUAAGAGUAAAAGAACAUUUGUGUAUAUGUAUGUAUAUAAAGAAUCUAUUACAGUAUGCAGCAAAUUUUGCUCUCUAAAAUGAUUCAGCUAAAUAAGAGCACUUUUUUAUUGUUGUAGACUGCGAAGUCUUUUUAUGUUUCUGUGACUAAAUAUACUAUAUCUGAUUUUACUUUAACUGAAUAUAAUAGUCUCUACUUUAAGAAAGCAUCAUUAUUAUAUAUUAUAGAUAAAAUGUAAUUAUUAUAUGUUAUACAUAAAAUAAAAUUUACAGCUUCUGAGGCUUGUCUUAGAUGGCUAUCUCUAAAUGGUCAUGUUUUGUAAGGAUCUAGUUUAACAAAUGUUGUGGUAAAAAUUGUCUAAAAGAUGUCAAAAACCUGGCAAGUUAAGUACGAUUUCCCGACAUGGUUAAUGUCAAGUUUAGAUUUUUGGAUAAUGAUAUGCCAUAAUGACAUGGAAAUGAAUUUCUAAUUCAUUGCAUAAUUAGAUAUUGACUAUCAAAAUGUUGCUACUUAACUUAAUAAAUUAUGUUAUGCUAACACUUUUGAUUGUUCUUAUUAAAAUUUAUUUCUACCCAAA